AUGGUGUCGGUGGCGCAAAGGGCGCUCCAGGACCCAAGGGCCCAGUUGGACCGCCUGGUAUGGAAGGAGAUGAGGGACUUCCUGGAGAACGAGGUGAUGAUGGUGAACAUGGAACUCAAGGUGAACCCGGACCCAUGGACGGUUGCCGGGGAUGACGCCAACGUCGAAGCCCCCGGAUUUGGCCCAAAGGAUUACUCGGCACCCUCCAGCACCGAGAGCUCAUCCCAGGAGCCAGAGAAGCCGUACGCUGAGCAAGCCCCAGUUCGUGUGAGCAAGCGCGAGCAGGCUAGGAAUCUGCGUCGAAAACUUGUCAUC